UGCUUCAGUAGACGCGCAGCCCCUGAGUAAAACGCAAGUCAAGCCCGAGGCCCCAAAGCCGGCGUUCAAUCAAUCUCAAUCAAUGAGGCGCAGCGCCACAUCUAAUUAAACGGGAAACGACCAAAUCCUACCGAGUGCAAAUUCGAAAGCCUUUGCAAAGAAAACAAGUGAAACGAAAAAUCAAUCGGGCAUUUCAAACCAAGGCGACAGCCUGCUAAGAGGCCACGUUACGCAUACGCCGCGUAGGCGUUUCAUAUUUUUUAUAUGCCACUUGCCACUUGCCACUUGCAAUUUGCCACUUAAAACAAUUUGACCUGUCACGCUGUCUAUUGUGAUUUAGAAUUGUUUUUCCUGUUUGUGUGUGCUCGCGUGCGUGUGUGAGUGUGUGUGUGUGUGUCUAAUUGCCCAGAGGCAAGGAAUCGAAUUGCGCUGCAUCGGCGAGCUGCUUAAAAGCCACAAGAGAACAUGUCAUUCGAUAUAGCCAUCGCCGAUCAGAUGCGCAUUGCAUUAAACUAUGUCAAGUUUAAGACAAAGCAACAACAUUUGCGCAGCAACGAUAAGGUCGUUGCCGACACGGUCUACGGCCGGGUGAAGGGCGUGAAGUGGCGCUCGGUCUAUGGGCCGCACUACUACAGCUUUGAGGGCAUACCCUUUGCCAAGCCCCCGGUGGGGGACUUGCGCUUCAAGGCGCCCGUCGAGCCGGAUGCCUGGACGGAGGUGAGGCGGUGCACGCGCGUACGCACAAAGCCCUGCCAGGUGAAUCUGGUGCUGAAGCAGGUGCAGGGCAGCGAGGACUGCCUGUACCUGAACGUGUAUACCAGGGAGCUGAAGCCGCAAACGCCGCUGCCCGUGCUCGUGUGGAUCUAUGGCGGAGGCUUCCAGAUGGGCGAAGCCUCGCGAGAUCUCUACAGUCCCGACUACAUCAUGAUGGAGCACGUGGUGCUGGUGACCGUUACAUAUCGCCUGGGCGUACUGGGCUUUCUCACACUAGACGACCCCGAGCUGGAUGUGCCCGGCAAUGCCGGCCUCAAGGAUCAGGUGCUCGCCCUGCGCUGGGUCAAACGAAAUUGUCAAUUCUUCGGCGGCGAUCCGAACAACAUAACCGUCUUUGGCGAGAGCGCAGGAGGCGCCUCCACGCAUUACAUGAUGCUCACGGAGCAGACACGGAAUCUCUUUCACAAGGCUGUGCUCAUGUCCGGCUCGGCUCUGUCGCCCUGGGCCGUCACGCCCAAGAACGACUGGGCGUACCGCCUGGCCAAGGCCACGGGCUAUACGGGCGAGCCGAUCGACCGGGAGAUAUUCAAGCACCUGCAACAGUGCAAGGCGAGCAGCAUGCUCCGCAUGGCCGAGGACAUCGUCACCAUGGAGGAGCGGCAUCAGCGCAAGGUGAUGUUCUGCUUUGCACCCACCGUCGAGCCAUACGAGUCCAAGCACUGCGUGAUCCCAAAGCACCCGCUGGAGAUGAUGCGCAACUGCUGGGGCAACGACAUACCCCUCGUCGUGGGCGGCAACUCAUUCGAGGGGCUGCUCGUCUUUCCCGAGGUGCGCAAGUGGCCCGAUCUGCUCUGCGAGCUGGGCGACUGCGAGUUCCUCACGCCCGAGGAUGCCGGCCUCGAUGCGGACCAGCGACGAGCCUUUGGCAGGAAGCUAAAGUCCUCGUACUUUGGAGACGACGAGCCCAGCCCAAAGACAAUUCUACAAUACUGUGAUCUCUGCUCGUAUAAAUAUUUCUGGCACGGCAUCCAUCGCACCCUGCUGUCGCGCAGAAGGUACGCGCCGCAGGCGCCCACAUUUCUGUAUCGAUUCGAUUUUGACUCGGAGCACUUCAACAUAAUGCGAAUUAUUACCUGCGGCCGCAAGGUGCGCGGCACGUGCCAUGCCGAUGAUUUAUCCUAUUUGUUUUACAAUGCGGCGGCCAAAAAGCUGAAGAGGCACACGGACGAGUUCAGGACGAUAAAGCGUCUGGUGUCCAUGCUGGUGCACUUCGCGGCGACCGGCAAGCCCAGCAUCGCUCUCUAUCCGCAGGAGGAGCCGGACGGGAAGACAGCUAGCGUGCAGCCAGAGGUCUGGCUGCCCAUAUCCCGACAGGAUGUGGUCUUCAAGUGCCUGAAUAUUUCAAAAGAUGUGCACGUGAUUGACUUACCUGAGGCCGGCAAGCUCUGGCUCUGGGACAGCAUGUACGCCGACAAGCAGCUAUUGUACUAGAGACCAAACACUCCCCACAUCCAGCCCCCUCGCCGCCCUCCGCUCCACGCCAACCUAAUAUUUACGUAUGUAGCUUUAAGUCAUGGCCCUCGGCUUGGCCCUAAAUGCACAGCAAAACUGUUUGCUUUGGCAGCAAAUGUAAAUUUAUAUAUAUAAAUAUUUUUAUACACACUCACACACUGGCACACGCACACACUCAGCGAUACAUUCGUGCGUGUGUGUUUGUAAAUAUGAGCAUAUUUUUUAUAAAGUCCUUUUGGCUAUUUAUAUUCUGAUUGAGUUGUUAUCGAAUGGCAUUUUAGUGUAAACACAAGUCCAUUAAAUCAAAUA